AACAGACCCGAUCGUGUUCUUCCGAACGCAGUUCAAUGUCGAGUCAUUUCGAUAGGCACAAUGGCCUCUCGCUCGGUUCCGAUACGGUGAUCCGGCUGGUGGCUGGUGUCUCGAAGAUUUCUCGUAGCGUGCAGUUUCUUCCGUGUUCUGCGAUUAUCUGCUGGUUAGCGAGCCACACCGCGGCUUUCGAUCGCGCGUCCUAAAUUCUCGAUCGGGCUUGAAGUCGCAUCAACGUCGAUCCCGCGUUGCUGCGCGGUCUCGUUCGGUCUCAGCGCGGCCAGCGAUCGUCGUUAGGAGUAUAAUGGCCGAUAAUAUGGAAGGAAAAAAAUUAACCGAGCUUCGGGUUAUAGACCUGAAGACGGAGUUGGAACGUCGUGGCCUGGACAAGACCGGCAACAAAGCGGCGCUCCUUGAACGGCUCUCCAAGGCGAUACUUGAGGAAGGAGAGAAUCCAGAGGAGUAUCUCAUCAUACCAUCUGGUGGACAGCCAAAAAUCAUUCCAAGAAAGAAUAGUGGAUCUUUGAAUCAAGAAGAUUCUAUUGAGUGCUCCGAUAAUCAGAAGGAAGAAAAUAUUGAUGGGCAAGAUAAUACAAAUAAAUGUAAAGAAAUAAAGAUAGAGGAGUCUGAUGAGAGAGAAAUUUGUAUUAAGAAAGAAAUAAAAGAGGAAUCGGAAAGCCCUGAACUUGUUAAGAAUAUCGUUAUUAAGGUGGAAAGAUUGGAUGACAAAAUGCAUGGAGGCAAGACUCCGAGUGAAAAUAUACAAAACACUGACAAGAAUGAAGCAGAGAAGACUAUUACAAGUCAAAUCUCAGAUGCGCCAUCUACUACUGUUGAGGCUAAUGGGAUUGACAAUGAAGAUUCUAUUAACUUGACUAUUGGAGAAGAUGAAGAAAAUCUCCUAGCUGAGGAGACAGAGUCUCAUGACAGGCACAAAGAUGGUGGAGAGAAGAAGAAAAUGGAAGAGAACAACAAGAAGGGAGACUCUAAAGGCAGCGGUAGAGCGGAGCCUGGCGCCGGCGGCAAGGAAGGGACGACGUCCAGCGUGAACGGGACGAAGCUCAAGCAGGAGGGUGGAGAAGGAGGAAGCAAGAGCACGGAGUCUAGCAGUAAGAGUCAGAAGAGAGAAGAAAAAGAUAAAAAGGUAUCUCAAAUCAGUCCAGCCAAUGCAAGCAGUCGCAAUUUAUGGGUAUCGGGUUUAUCAUCUAGUACUCGUGCGACUGAUUUAAAGCAGAUUUUUUCAAAGUAUGGCAAGGUCAUAGGUGCAAAAGUGGUAACGAAUGCAAGAACUCCUGGUGCGAGAUGUUACGGUUAUGUCACUAUGUCAUCAAGCGAAGAUGCUGCUAAAUGUAUACAACAUUUGCAUAGAACCGAGCUACAUGGGCGUGUUAUAUCCGUCGAAAAGGCGAAAGGUGAUUCCCAGCAAAGUCAUGUGCGCAAACGUGAUACAAUUAAUGGUAAAUCGGAGAAGAAAGAAGAGAAAGAAAAGCCGAAGGAUCAUGAUGCAAAUGAAAGAAAGGAGAAGGAAACAAAGAAGGAGUCUGAAGAGAAAGGAUUAGAUACCACAAAAAAAUCUGAUGAUAAAAAUGAAAGUGUCGAAAUAAAAGUAAAAGUCGAUCAAGACAAAAAGGAAGAUCCAUCUAAAGAGUCUGAUUCCCGAUCGACAAAAUCUACUAGCAAGAAGCCGGAGAGCGAAAGAGGAAGGAGAGAAGAAAAACGGAUUCGUACUUGGGAUAAAGAUCACCGAUCUCAUAGCCGAUCCCGGAGCCGUGAACGACGAAAGCGCGAUGAUGUUCUCACAUUUGCUAAAAUCAGAGAGGAACGUGAACGGCAAAGAUUACGCGAAAGAGAACGGAUGCUGAGAGAGGAAGAGCGAAGAAGAAGAGAAGACAUGGAACGUCAACGAGAGAUAGAACGUAGACACCGAGAAGAGGCUGCGCGUCUGGAGAGAGAACGUGAGAAGUUGAGACGAGAAAGGGAACGGAUUGAGCAGGAAAAAGCUGAGUUACUACGACUUGAGCGUGAGCGGCAGAAACUCGAGAGGGAAAAGCUCGAGCGCGAGAGACUGGAACUGAAGAGGCAGCAAAUGCGUUUAGAGGAGAGUCGACGUGCACCACCGCCACCGUCCAUAAAGAGAUCGUCCAGCGACAGAAGAGAUCCGCGAGACUUGUACGUGGAAUCUGACAGGAAACGAAUAGCCACAGAACAUAGUCGCAGACAUAGCCCGGAGAGAAUAGUUGAUAGACGAAAUGAGAUGCUAGAGCGAGUGUCAGAUAGACGAUUGGACCCCUCGCCACCAUCUCGAUAUGAAUCCAGCAGAUCAACUCAAGAGUUGGGAUUGAAAAAGGAAUUUAAAAGAAGUAGCGAUUUCUCUUCAAGAAACAGUCGACCAGACAGCUUUUCCGAUGUUUCUCGAGGAAGAGAAGUUAUUGUACGACGAGAAAGUCUGUCUACUACGUCCUCGUCCAUAGAUCCUCGACAAGUGAAGGAAAGAUAUGAUCGUCCAAAUACCACAUCUUACACUCGCGAACGCGAGGUACGGCGUUCCGAUCCCGAGACGCAUCGAAGCUCUAGAGAUACUCAUACACGAUACAGUGAUAGUUUCAAACCUCCGACAUCCAACACGCAACGUGAAGGUCGUUACGUGGAAAGCAAUCGUACACCCAGCAGUUGGCAUUCGGGACCUACAUCUUCGAAAUCUUUUAACUCUGUGACAAGCAGCGGGUCUCGUGAUCCUCGUAACGAGCCUUCCAGCUGGAGUUCUAGAUCAUCCGACAGUGUUAACAGAUGGAGUAACUCGAGCAGCAUGGGAAACACCAUGCGGCAUCCAAUUCCACCGACAUAUCAGAGCGGACCGAUGCAAUCUAUGGGACUGACCGCUCCCGGGACCGCACCAUCAUAUGAACGGUUUGAGGCGUACAAAUCGUCCAUGCCUAUGAGAAAAUAUUGAUUAUCGGACUGCGCGAAUUUUCGCGAUCACGAACAUUCAUUCAAAUAAGAGUAUUCACGGGAAAAUUGUCGAAUUUCUUUAGCGACUACAGAAUUAACUACUAGUUUAAUGUAACGCGAACAAAAUCGCGAUGAAUUGUGCACGUGUUUAUUAAUUGUGCGAAAAUAAUUGCAGCGUCCGGUCUUGAAAGUAUAGGAAUUCCAACUUUCAAAAACAUUUUCUGCACCAGCUUGAUUGAUAAAAAAAUCUUGUACGCAUUCUAUUGACAUCAUGUUUUACUACAGUCGAACGACGUGUCAAUUUUAUAUAAAACGCAUAUUGUGCAUAAUGUCCAAGGAGGGCCCUUGUAAUUUACAAUUAUGUGCACUCCUUGUCGUUGUAUUUCCUCUAUAUAUGUGUCUAUUCGGCAUGAUAUAAUAUUACACACACAUAUAUGUAUGUAUGUAUAUGUGUGUGUGACACAUUUCUAACUAUUCGUAUCUAACGGAUUUUUGUACAUGUGUUAAUAGAUACCACUGAAGAGUCCCUACAAUAUAAAAUACGACUUAUUUUCUUAUCGGUUUGUAAAUUGCGCGUCAUCCGUUUGGUCUGCGAACGCUAAUCGGCUCACAGCCGAUUAUUGUCAUUCUAAGAAGCGUUCAAUUUUAAAUUGAAGGGGACGUAGAGGCUAUAAGUGCAUCUGUUUAUCUUAAACGAGUUUGUUUUAAUAAUAGACUAUAAACAAAUGAGUAGUAUAUAAUGAAGAAUGUAUCGCAUAAUUUUCUUGUAUUCUUCGAAGAAAAUCAUUCUCUUUUUUUAAAUUGGAGCAUGAUUGGGAUCUGCAUAUUGGAUUCCGGGAUCGCGGAAGACAAAUUGUACGUGUUAAAUAAUGCGGUAGCGCUACGCCUACUUUAUACAGCGAAACGCAAAAGGAAACUUGAUGUAACGACAACUGUCGCAGUAACAUGAAUAAAUUUAGAAAAUAUUA